AUGGAAGGAGGACUUUUCUCUGCUCACAAGCCUACUUUUCUUCUUCUUCUCCUUCAUAUUUUCCUGCUUGCUUUGCUUCCAUUCAAGGCCAUUUCAUCACCAAAAACACAGGCAGAAGCUUUGCUAACUUGGAAGAAGAACACCUUUUAUGAUGCACCACCUUUUCUCAGUUCAUGGUCCCUCACUAACCUCAACAAUCUUUGCAACUGGACUGCCAUUGUUUGUGACCAGAGCAGCGAACAAGUUUCCCAAAUUGACCUCUCCGACUUCUACAUCGAUGCAACGCUAACCCAUUUCAACUUCGCCCCAUUUCUCAAUCUCACCCAAUUCAACCUAUCUGGCAACUAUUUCACAGGGCCUGUGCCAUCUGCCAUUGGCAAACUCUCCAAGCUCACAACUUUGGACUUGGCUUGGAAUUCCCUUGAAGGGCCAAUUCCAUCCUCUAUAGGCCAACUCAGGGAGCUUAAAUACCUUAAUCUUAGAAGGAAUUCCUUAAACUCUUUAAUCCCUUCUGAGCUUGGUCUUUGUACCAGCCUCACCUACUUGGACUUGGCUUGGAAUUCCCUUGAAGGGCCAAUUCCAUCCUCUAUAGGCCAACUCAGGGAGCUUAAAUACCUUAAUCUUAGAAGGAAUUCCUUAAACUCUUUAAUCCCUUCUGAGCUUGGUCUUUGUACCAGCCUCACCUACUUGGACUUGGCUUGGAAUUCCCUUGAAGGGAAAAUUCCAUCCUCUAUGGGCCAACUCAGGGAGCUUAAAUACCUUGAUCUUCAAAUCAAUUUAUUAAACUCUUCAAUCCCUUCUGAGCUUGGUUUUUGUACCAAUCUCACCCACUUGGACCUGACUAUCAAUCACCUUGAAGGGCCAAUUCCAUCCUCCAUAGGCCAACUCAGGGAGCUUAAAUACCUUGAUCUUGGAGAGAAUUCCUUAAACUCUUCAAUCCCUUCUGAGCUUGGUCUUUGUACCAAACUCAUCUACUUGGCCCUGUCUUCCAAUCACCUUGUGUUCACCCGUUUUGUGUUUACUCCUAUGAUGGAAGGGCAAAGUUCCCCACUGCCUUGA